UUAAAGUCUGUAACUCUUUUUAAAAAAAAGAACGUUUUCAAUCAUCCUGUGGUCCGUUGAGGUUCGCGGCAGCAAUUGGGACAUUUUGUGACCUCCUUAUCUACUGACAUAAGUAUAGAACAUUUUAUUUGAUUUUAACAACGUGUUUUUCAAAGUUUUGUAUCAACCUGCGCUCCAUUGAGGUUGGUGGCUGUAAUUGGGAAAGUUUUAAUGCGACCUCCUCAUCGGCUGACGGCCGUGGUCUAAGGAUAUGUGGUGUUGCUCGGAGCCGCUGGCGCGCCCGGCCCGCAGGAGCGCUUGGAUAGUUGGCGCCCUGACCUAUUACUUCGGCUCGGAUGGCGCUCAGGAGGACAACGAGAUCGUGGUGCUAGCGACGGGGGCCGACCAGUACCUGCAGGAGAUCUUCCAUCACUUGAGCUACCAGGGAGACGGGCUAGUCUCGGCGGAGGACUUUCGGCUGCUCUGCUCCGUUUUGGACUUGGUGCGGGACGAAGAGGGGCAGACCUUGUUGAGCGGGCUACCAGACGCGGUCACUUUCCGCCAAUUCCACGCCAGGCUCUGCGGCUAUUUCCACCAGAGAGCCGGCGAAAACGCUGGGAGGCUCCCGGUGGGGAAGGAGACGGAGCACAUCGAGAGACAAAUCCGUUUGAGAUGUCCCCGGCGGCGGAGGAAGAAGAAGUGCGUCUCGUUCGACCUCUCCAAAGGUUGGGGAGAGAGCCAGGCGCACGGGAGGUCCGGUCCUGAUCUCCAGCCGGGACCUAAUCCCCCUGGAGACGGGGAGGCGAGUCCCAGUGCCCUGGAGUUGGAGAACGCCAGCCUGCGGGAAUUGGUGGAGGAUCUACGGGGCGCUCUCCAAGGCAGCGACGCGCGGUGCCUGGCGCUCCAAGUCGCCCUGCAGAAGGUCUACACCUGCCCGGAGAAGGAGCCUCCUGAGCGGAGGGAGGCGCCGGUGCGCGGUUGCCCGGGGUUCAGGAGCGUGCUGAGGGAACUGCAGCUGAUCAGGGAAUCGAGAGACGGGCAGAUCCUGGAGGCCAUGAGGUUCAACCAGCAACUGGAAGAGGAGAUGAAGCGGGCUCACGGUUUGCUAGACCGCUGGGAGCAGUCGGUGGCCACGCUCCGAGGCUGCCUUGCCCAAGUCAGGAGGAAGGCGGAGAGGGCGAGAUCCCAGCUACUGGAAGCCCUGGAGAAGGUGAGACUGCUGGAAGCCGAGGCCAAACGGAUCCCCUUCCUACAGCGAAGAGUCGAAGAACUGGAACGGUGCAGAUCACAAGGGGAUCAGAGCAAAGUGGUCUCGGCUGCAGAGAACCUUCCACAGGAUGCCCGGAAGCCCGGGACAUGCAGUCCGAGUCCGAUCCAGCAUCAAGCACGGAUAUCUCCGGCUGGGAAAGCGGAAUCAGCCAUGGAGACCGGGAUUUACUGCGGACCGCAGAUGAAGUCUUCUUCCUGCAAUGGAGGUGAUUCCGGUAAUGAGGGAAACAUUAUCUCACUUAAUGAGGACCGGUUGCUGAGGGCAGUGGAGGGUCGGGCUGCUUCUGACGAGGAAGAGGAGAGAGGUUCGGAAGAUCAACCUUGCCCAAUGCCGGCAUUGAGUGGAGACGGCUGUAGCAGUGCGGAUAGCAGUCCCAGUAGCACCUUACGGCGGUUGCUCUCGUGUAACGGCAGUGGCCGUCGCCAAGGCAGAGGAGUUGUGGUCUCCAGGGAGAGGGAAGUGGAACUCGCAGCGCAACUGGAGAACAAGGAGCGACAAGUGACAAAACUGCGGGCUGACGUGGAGCAGUUGGCUUGUUCCAUGACCAAGGAGCUUCAGCUGAAAGGAGAGGAGGUGGAGAUGCUGCGGAUGGAGGUGCAGAUGGUGGAAGCGGACCGCGUGAGACUCUUGCUGGUCGAGGAGAAGCUGACCGAUGUCCUCCAGCUUCUGCAACAACUGCGAUUGCUGAAUAUAUCAAGACGAGCUUUGGGAAAGAUGUUAUUGAGCACUUUGGCUGCCUGUUACCAAACUGGACAUGGGACAAUGGCCUCCUUGGACAUGUUGAAUGUGCUCCAUAAAGAGUUGGUGUCAUGCGAGCUACUGGGCAAAGGUUCAUCCCGAAGAGAAAGUCAACAAGUCUUGAAAACCUCCUUGGUGAUAACAUGUUAGUUAUGGACGAAGGUGGAACUCCGACCUUAAUCCUCACCCAAACCAUCCCAUCAACAACUAGACAUCGGUCCUGAGUUCCCA